UCUCGCUAAUAGAUCCCCUCUGUGUGGCUCCCAACCCUCCUCAAAAUUCCCUCCCGCUACCCAUCUUCCUCCCUGGGCGUGUCCUUGUGCGCUUAUGUCUUGGUUCCCUCCAAGAAUAAAUUUUUAUAGCUAUAUAAAGAAAACCCACUUCUUAAACCCAUACACUAACAGCCCUAAAGAUGCAGCCUUCAACUGUGACUCAAGAACCCGCAAAUCCCUUUGGCUUCGUAACCCAGUUGGGCUCUUUUGUAGUCAAUUAUUCUAAGCUUAAUCCUGAUGGGCACUCGGUAUUCUUAUCUAACUCCUUGUAUUUUGAUGCCAAGAAGAGGCCAAAGGCUGUGGCUUCAUUGAGUUUUAGCACUAAGGGUGCUUCCUUUAGCAUUAGAAGAGUCUUGAAUCAAUUCAACAAGGCUAUUAAAUUUCACUGUGAGAAAUUCCCACUUAGUUUUGCCUCGGUUCGGGUUAAUUCAUUUGAGAAUAACGGGUUUAGAAAUGAUGGAAAUGGUGUUGUGGAGGAAUCAGACGGAGUGCCUAUGAAUGUUGUUGAAUCUGAAACUCCGAAAAAAGUUUUGAUUUUGAUGAGUGACACUGGUGGGGGUCACAGAGCGUCUGCUGAAGCCAUCAAGGCUGCUUUUAUUGAAGAGUUUGGAGAUAAUUAUCAGGUGUUUAUUACUGAUUUAUGGACAGAUCAUACUCCAUGGCCUUUUAAUCAACUGCCGAAGAGUUAUAACUUUCUUGUAAAACAUGGUCCACUGUGGAGAAUGACAUAUUAUGCUUCUGCCCCACGUGUAAUUCACCAAUCCAAUUUUGCUGCAACAUCAACUUUUAUAGCUCGAGAGGUUGCUAAAGGAUUGAUGAAAUACCAGCCAGACAUUAUUAUUAGCGUGCAUCCUUUGAUGCAACAUGUUCCGCUUCGUAUCUUAAGGGCAAAGGGUCUCUUGAAGAAGAUUGUUUUUACCACUGUUGUAACAGAUUUGUGCACAUGUCAUCCUACAUGGUUUCACAAGCUUGUAACUAGAUGCUAUUGCCCAUCAGAGGAGGUUGCCAAACGAGCAUUAAGAGCUGGUCUUCAGCCUUCUCAAAUCAAGGUUUAUGGCCUUCCUGUCCGGCCUUCAUUUGUGAAGCCUGUUCGCCCUAAGGUUGUGUCCUUUUCCCAUUUUUCCCCUUUCCGCAAGGAUGAACUUAGGGAGGAGCUUGGAAUGGACAAGUACCUCCCUGCUGUUUUGCUAAUGGGAGGUGGGGAAGGAAUGGGUCCCAUCGAGUCUACUGCCCGAGCACUUGGUGAUGCAUUAUAUGACGAGACUCAUGGGGAGCCAAUAGGUCAGGUUCUUGUGAUCUGUGGCCGCAAUAAAAAGCUUGCCAACAGAUUACAGUCAAUCAACUGGAAGGUUCCUAUCCAGGUGAAGGGAUUCGUCACUAAAAUGGAAGAGUGCAUGGGUGCUUGCGAUUGCAUCAUUACCAAGGCUGGACCAGGAACUAUUGCGGAAUCUAUGAUUCGAGGACUCCCCAUAAUUCUAAACGGUUUCAUUGCCGGGCAGGAAGCUGGGAAUGUGCCAUAUGUUGUCGAAAAUGGAUGUGGGAAAUUCUCCAAGUCUCCGAAAGAAAUAGCCAACAUAGUUGCUCAGUGGUUUGGUCCAAAACAAGAUGAACUCAUAGCCAUGUCACAAAACGCAUUGAGGCUUGCAAGGCCAGAUGCCGUGUUUAAGAUUGUCCACGAUCUUCACGAGUUAGUCCGACAUAAAAACAUUUUACCCCAUUGUUGUACGACUUGAACAAAAUGGCUUCGACUCAAUUUUCGCUUGAAGUUCUUUAUUUGAAUUACAGCUCGGGAAUUUAAGAGGUUCUAUCUAUCCUUCCUAGAUUCUUUUAGACAGUAUUUCACAUCAUAAUUGGGGAAAUAAGGCACUGAAAAAAUGAAGGUUGUACGUCAAAUUCAUUCCAAAGGCUGCAUUUUCUUGAUU